GCCGCCGCUGCAGCCGCUGCCGCUACCGCAAGAAGAGAAGUUCGAAGCGGCUUCCUCCUCCCUGCCCUGAGGGGGCGGCUGGCAGAGGCGGGCAGCACCCCAGUUCCCCCCACGUCGUCGGCACUUGUGGCUGCUGGAAGCCCGGGCUUACUCGCCCCAGCUCCAUCAGAAGCGAGCUCCCUCGAACCAGGUCUCCUGCCCCUCCCAAGGACUAUGCUGCAGUCCUGCUGACCCAGGAGUAGGGGCCUGAAGGCAGGGUGCCCAGCAUGGGCUGUGUGUUCUGCAAGAAGUUGGAGCCGGGGCUCAAGGAGGAUGUUGACCUGGAAGAGAAAUUCAGGAGCCAUGGGGCUGCAGAUCGCUACGGCCCUGACCCCACUCAGUCCUGGCCUGCAUCCUCCUUUGCCCAGAUCCCCAACUACAACAACUUCUCCUCUCAGCCCACCAGCCCUGCCUUCCUUGAUGCUGGCGCUCUCAGGGGCAUCUCAGGGACUGGGGUGACCUUGUUCAUCGCCUUGUAUGACUAUGAGGCCCGGACAGAGGACGACCUUACCUUCACCAAGGGCGAGAAGCUCCACGUCCUGAACAAUACUGAAGGUGACUGGUGGGAGGCGCGGUCCCUCAGCUCUGGACAAACUGGUUAUGUUCCCAGCAACUACGUGGCCCCUGUGGACUCCAUCCAAGCUGAAGAGUGGUACUUCGGAAAGAUCAGGAGGAAGGAUGCAGAGAGGCAGCUUCUCUCUCCAGGCAACCCCCAGGGGGCCUUUCUUAUCCGUGAGAGCGAGACCACCAAAGGCGCCUACUCCUUGUCCAUCCGUGAUUGGGAUCAGACCAAAGGCGAUCACGUAAAACAUUACAAGAUCCGCAAGCUGGACACGGGUGGCUACUACAUCACCACGCGGGCCCAGUUCCAGUCCGUGCAGGAGCUGGUGCAGCACUAUAUGGAGGUGAACGAUGGGCUGUGCUACCUGCUCACUGCUGCCUGCACCACCGAGAAGCCACAGACACUGGGCCUGGCCAAAGACGCGUGGGAGAUCAGCCGCAGUUCCAUCGCUAUGGAGCGCCGGCUGGGCACGGGCUGCUUCGGGGAUGUGUGGCUGGGCACGUGGAACGGCACCACGAAGGUGGCAGUGAAGACCCUGAAGCCAGGCACCAUGUCCCCGAAGGCCUUCCUGGAGGAGGCGCAGAUCAUGAAGCUGCUGCGUCACGACAAGUUGGUACAGCUGUACGCAGUGGUGUCGGAGGAGCCCAUCUACAUCGUGACAGAGUUCAUGUGCCACGGUAGCUUGCUGGAGUUCCUCAAGGACCCGGAGGCCCAGGACUUGAGGCUACCCCAACUAGUGGACAUGGCAUCCCAGGUAGCUUCGGGCAUGGCCUACAUGGAGCGCAUGAACUACAUCCACCGAGACCUGAGGGCCGCCAACAUCCUGGUAGGGGAGCGGCUGGUGUGCAAAAUUGCUGACUUCGGGCUGGCCCGCCUCAUCAAGGAUGAUGAAUACAAUCCCCGGCAAGGGACCAAGUUCCCCAUCAAGUGGACAGCCCCAGAGGCCGCCCUCUUUGGCAGAUUUACCAUCAAGUCUGAUGUGUGGUCCUUUGGUAUCCUGCUCACUGAAAUCAUCACCAAAGGCCGAGUCCCCUACCCAGGCAUGAUUAACCGAGAAGUGCUGGAACAGGUAGAACGAGGCUACUACAUGCCGUGUCCUCCGGGCUGCCCAGAGUCCCUGUACGAGGCUAUGAAACAGACCUGGCGGCUGGACCCAGAAGAGAGACCCACCUUCGAAUAUCUGCAGUCCUUCCUGGAAGACUACUUUACCUCCACAGAGCCACAGUACCAGCCUGGGGACAACACAUAGUUCAAACAGCCACCAGCCACCUCUUGGGAGGUGUCCAUCAGCUUUUGCCAGUCCCUAGGGCUCUGUUUCCAAAGUCCCCAGGUAUAGAACCUUAUAGAGUCCUAGCGUUUCAGAGGAGACUGAGUGCUCAGAGCCCAUCUAGGGCAACCCACGCAAUGUAAGGGUGGAGGAAGUGGAUGCUCCCAGGGCGUCUUUCAUCUACUCUGCCCCCAGGCACUGCCUCUCCUCUUCUCAACUUGGACCCUACAUGCCUCCAGCCUGUUUUCCCUGCCUCCUCAAAAUGCUUCUAUUUUGUCUAGCUAUUUAUGAAAUUGUAUAUCCCUUCCCUCACUUAUCUCCUGUCCCUGCAUUCCUGCCCUCCUGUCAUCCCACUCUGGUCCCGGUCACAAGAAUUUACCUCCUACUCUCAGUUCUCUUGUGUCUCUAAGUUAUAAACAUGGGCAGUCUUUGCUGGGCUCCUUUCUUGCCGGCUGGAAGCUGUGCUCUGGGCCCAGAUUUGGGUUCAGCACCCCUCUGAAUAGUUGUGUGUGUGUGUCUGUUUAUUGAUGGUGUAGAUAAGGAAAGUAACAACAUGAAAUCUUGAACGGGGAAAAUUCCUUGAACCUUCCUUCAGAAGGGGUGGUGGAUGGUAGAAGGUGAACAGGAUAAGUUUGGUUAUUGAAAACAGGUAAGGAAGGUGAGAGAAUGCCUUAAUGCCUACCAAGCACAGGACUGAAAAGGUAUGGAGUUUUAGGAUGACACGCCAAAGUCCUACUGGCCAUCGCCAUGUGAAUUUAGGAUGAUUUGAAAGAUGGACACAAAAGAAAGGCAACCAGAGAUAAACCCAAAUGUUGGGGCCAGGGAGAUAGCUCAGUAGAAUAAGUGCUUGCCUGGCAAGUGCAAGGGCCUGAGUUCAAUCUCUGGUUCUGAAAAAAAAAAAAAAAAAAAAAAAAAAAAUCCAAGCCAAAAUGUCCCCUUCAUUGCUGAUGUGGCUUUCACUCUGUAUACAAUGGAUUUGUUGAUUUUUUCACCUGAUUUCAGCAGAUUUGCCAGUCAUCACAGGCAACUUGGGACAACCUUUGGGCUCCUUCAGCAGAGGCAGAAGACCAGAUCACAGCUGGCUAUGCAGCUAUCAGGUUCCCCAAAAGAGGACCCAGGAGGAGGGAGGGAGGGCAGAAGAUUUGUCUAGCUUAGGGGAUUUUACCAAAGGAGUUCUGCCCCCAGGGAGCUUCUGAAGCAGUUUGCAAGCAGUUUUGUUUGUUACAGGGACCAGGGGCUCCUACUUUCUAGAAUCAGGGAUUCUAAACAACCUGUAAUUUCCCACCCUCCUUUGAGAAACUGGAACUAAAAUGCUUCCGUGUGGGAACAUGGGGACCAGAGAACAAGGAUUCCCAUCUUUCCUAUCAGAAAGUGUUUGUUGACCCAGAGACUUGUUAAGGGAAAUGGAAGUGGAAGAAAUCUGGGAGCUCAGAAUGGGUGUUACAAUUGGCAGACAGUUCUGAUCUAGGCACUGAUUCUGGGGUGGGCCUUUUGCUAAGCAGGAGAUUGGGGAUGCAAACAGGAACAAGAUGUGUCCCUGCCUCAGAGGAGUUCAGCUGCGCUGGGGAUAAAUAAUAGUAUUAAGAAUAACAACUCAUUUACUGUCUGCUAAAUGUCAGGUGUGUUUGCAUCCUUUUUUU